AUGUCGCCUGCCUCUGCAAGUAGCAGUGGUGCUAAAAAACCAGUAAAAACAACAACUACAACAAAAACUACUACCACAACAACUGCGUCGAGGGGUAACACAUUGAAAAAGGGCAAAAAGAAAAUAGCAGCAGCACCAUUGAAAUCAAAAAUUGAAGCAAAGAAAGUUGUUAAUCCAUUAUUUGAAAAACGUCCAAAAAAUUUCGGUAUUGGUCAAGAUAUUCAACCGAAAAGAGACUUAACUCGAUUUGUUAAAUGGCCAUUAUAUAUUCGUGUUCAACGCAAACGUAGUAUAUUAUUAAAGCGUUUGAAAGUUCCACCACCCAUUAAUCAAUUUACACAAGCAUUAGAUAAACAAACAGCAACACAAUUAUUUAAAUUAUUAGAUAAAUAUCGUCCCGAAUCACGUAUUGAAAAACGUCGGCGUUUAAAACAACGUGCUGAAACACAAGUUAAAAGUGGUAAGCCGGAUCGUCCAACAAAACGUCCACCUGUGCUUCGUAGUGGUAUGAAUACGGUAACGACAUUAGUUGAAAAGAAAAGGGCACAAUUAGUUAUAAUUGCGCAUGAUGUUGAACCAGUUGAGUUAGUUUUACACUUACCAGCGCUAUGCCGAAAAAUGGGCAUACCCUAUUGUAUUGUUAAAGGAAAAGCACGUCUUGGAAAAUUAGUCCAUUUAAAAACGUGUUCAUCACUAGCAUUAACCGAUGUUAACAUAGACGAUAAGAGUGGAUUGAGCAAAAUCGUUGAAGCAAUUAAAACAAAUUUCAAUGAAAGAUACGAUGAAUUAAGACGUCAUUGGGGUGGUGGUGUAUUGGGUUCAAAAUCGCAAGCAAGAAUCAAUAAAUUGGAAAAAAUUAAACAAAAAGAAGCACAUCAACGUAACGCUUAG